CAUGCACGCAAAGGUCACAUCUCUCACAGAUCAUCAAGUCGAAAAGCUUCCAGGAAGUAGAGUAAAGAAAAACUCAGCUGCUUGAGAGAGCGGUAGUCAGAAGGUGCAUGGGAUGUCACAGGUCUUGGGCCUCUCAAGGUUUCACCACUUCUCUUCACCACCAUGAUCAACACCUACCAGACCAGCCUGGCUCCACCGCCCAUACCUCCACGCCACAAUGGGUCCCACUCGGUCUUCAUCCCAGCUCCAGCUCCAUCCAAGGGCCACAGCAAGGUUCUCCUCCAGUUUGUGCUCGGUGUGGUGCUGCUGCAGUUAUUUCUGUCCAUCGUAGGAUUCAUCUUCUUGUCCUCCAAUGUCAAAAAGGAACAUUUUUCCUCAGCUGAAGUAAAUCCAAAAAUGUCCUUGCUUUUAUCAGAACAGAAGAAAGGUCCUUCAUCAGAAAGGACCGACAAAGCUUUAGCAAGCAUGGUAGUUAGUCAGAAAGCACGCACACAGACAUCUACAGCGGGUUAUCUCCAGUGGGACGAAAAACACUCAGAUUUGAGGAACAUCAGCCUUUUCUCCCCAACCCAGUUGGCAAUCCAGAAGUCUGGGAAGUACUAUGUCUACUCCAAGGUGACCUUCUCCAAGGGUGACCCAGGGCGCCCGCUGACCAGCUGGAUCAUGCUGAGGAAGAGCAUGACGGACAAAGAUGAGGUUGCUAUGAAGGCGUACUGCAAUCUGGACAGCCACAGGGGGUCGGUCCCCAACCUGUGCACGGCCACGCAGGGGGGGGUAGUUACACUGGAGAGUGGUAACCAACUCAGUGUCUGGGUACAAGACUGUUCACUGGUGGACUACGAAGAGGGAGCCACAGCCUUUGGGAUGUAUGAGCUGUAAGACUCCUUUAUGAGCACAUGGACCUCAAAUGGAUGGAAGCUAUAUUCUUUAAUACGCUGGAUGGAUAAUCAAACUAAAAAUGUCCUCGCUUUUUCUUGGGAUGCAGAGCCAAAGACCACAUUACUUAACAAUAAUUUAUUUAAUCUGAUAUCAUUGUGUAACAUGUUUUUUUAUUUCAAUCAUAUUUGUUGUAUCUUUUGUAUUUAUUCGUUUUAAAUGAAACUGGUUAUUAACCUAAAACAUC